ACGCAAAUUAGAUAUCAACGUUUCCGUUCCAUUCAUAAUUCGUCUCAUUUGAAAAUGUAAAAAUAAUCUAGAUGAAACGACAAUGACGUAAUACGAGUACAAUAGAGAUUUGCAUAAAAAAUUCUCAUGCAAAGUUUACAGUCUUAAGUUUACGACUCUGUUCAUUAUUCCUUGGACUGCUCAGAAUUCCAAAUGCAUAUUUCAAGAACUUUUCAAUAGCUUGCCUUUUCAUUUAUUUUAAACGAUCUCCGUUUUUCUUUUUACGGACGAUGGGAGAUCCUCGAUACGACUAGAAUGAGGAAAAAGGGAAAAGAUGUUCUGUCAAUGCCUUUACAUAUGUGACUCUGUGUGACACACAUCUGAAGCGACAGAUUGAGAACCUUUUCCUUGUAAUACAUAACUGCUGGCUCGACUCGUCGUGGGAUACUCACAGUUUUACAAGCGCGCGCGGUGUAUUCUGCGUCGUGAUUCCCAUCGUUCGCGAGACGAUCCUUCAUGAUGAAGAAGAGGAGCUUCUCCGGCAAUAUCGGCGUCGGUGUUUUCAUCGUCGCUUUCGUCUGCGUUUGCGUUGCGUUCGGCACACCAGCAUGGCUAGUGAGCGAUUAUCGGAUCACUGGCGCAAAACUUGACAAAUUGGGUCUCUGGACCCACUGCUUCAGAUCGCUUCCGAAUCCGCAGGAAAUGGACGCGCCUAGACGAUUUUUCGUCGGCUGCAGAUGGGUCUACGAUCCUUUCACCGCAGGGUACUCCGACAUCCGUGGAUUUCUACUCCCUCCGUUCAUGAUAGCAACACAGUUUUUCUUCACUGUGUGCCUCCUGCUGAGCUUGGCAUCGUUCAUCCUGACGUUAUUGUUUACCCUGUGCUGUGAUCCCGAACAAAAGCGUUAUGUACAACUUAUAACAACGAUCGGGUAUCUACUGUUGAUCGCUGGUAUCAGCGGUGGACUGGCAGUAAUCAUAUUUGCCUGUUUUGGAAACACGGAAGGCUGGAUGCCUGGACAUACUAACAAUUUCUUCGGUUGGUCAUUUGCGAUGGCAGUCGUUGGUAGCGUACUGACUAUUCUAGCUGGUGUACUUUACCUUGUAGAGGCAAACGUUCAGCGCAAGAAACGCCAGUAUUUAAAAGAAUCUCAAACAAGAUUUCAACUCGAAUCUCGUACAUGAGUUACACCUUACUCAAUUUUAAACGUAUAAGAGACUUGCACAAGAUUUUAGUACCAAAAUUUUGUAAUAUUAUUCCGUCCUUGUUAGAUAGUUUCAUAAUGACAUUAGAUCGUAAGGUUUCCGUUACUUUAGUACAACAUUACUAAACUAGAUUCAUAUUUUUGUACAUUUUAUAUAU